GUAUCUAAGUUCACGUAGAUGAUGAAGCUAAAACAUGAGUAAAGAAUAAUGUAAAUUACGAACAUAGCUCCAGAAUCGAAUAGCUGACUAGCAAGAAAAACUGACUUCAAAAGUAUAGAUAAUUUUGCAUAAAUAAAGAACGAUACCUGAGAAUAUAUAUAUAUAUCUUCCUUUUUAUCCUCAAUUUACGUCGGGCUCAAUGGACUGAUGCCCUGUGUACUAAUCGGAUCGCCUUGAUGAAGAAUACGCAAAUAUGUACUGUCUGACUGAAUAGUGCUACCCAUCAGUUCUGCUGACAUGCCCAGUGGUCGAACAUUAGAACGCAAUGGAAAGAUUGGGGAUCAUAGAAGACAUUCAAAUGCAUCAUAUACUAGGUCUGAUGGCUCUGGGAGUGACAUAGAAGGAGGAAAUAUGGAGAACACUGCAGACACAGUAUCACGUAACAAGCAUUCAAAACAUUACAGCAAAGCAAAAGCUUCAGUGAAGAAGAGUCAUAAGAGACGACGUUCUCGUGAAAAAUCAGUGUCUGUUGACAAUACUAUUUUGUCUGUGGCAUCGUCUGUGGUAAAACCAUUAGUGGAAUAUUCAGAUGUAUCAUCAGAAGCUCUAUCUGGACCAGAAGCCGGUGAAAUUCAAAGUGACGAUAGUGCUCGUGUCAGUUUAAGUGAAGGUGAAGUAAGUCCUCCCACUGGUAAGUCCUCCCACCGCCGCAAGCACAGCAGGAGGGGAAGUAAAGAUGAUGCUUCGAAAUCUUAUAAGCACCACUCGGAGCACAAAAUCACACAGUCACACGCAUCUCCCUCGAGACGGAGCCCCAAUAGAAAAGCUUCAACACCCCAUUCACCUUCACCCCAGACACUUAAGAGUGUUAAAAGAAGGGACCACCAGCGUUCUCUUUCACCAUUGGCAAUGAAAGAAUUACGGCAUUGUAAACGUCAAGAACAAUCCCCUGUAUUAGAUAAACGUGUAGAUGGUGUUAGAGACAUUUCCCCCUCAUCAGCGUUAGAAGUGUAUAGAAAGAUAAAAGAUGAAAUGCGCAGUUCAAGUGGUAGGCAUCGAUCUCCUAGUUCUACAAGAAAAAAAGAAAAGAGGCACAAACGUGAUAAAGUUGAUAAACGAAGAGGAAGCCGAAAAUCAAGCAGGAGUCCAGCAUCAAGCACUGGAAGGAAGAAAAAGAAGAAACGAUACAGAAAAUCUAGCCCUGAGGUAUUCCAUCGUGAAAGGGUCCUUUCACACUCACCUACAAGAAGGGAAGGAAGCUUUGGCUCUCCUGAUGAAGAUCUAAUACAGCGAAGGCAACCAUCUUGGACACGACUGCCUCCAAAUGAAAUGGAAGGAGCUAUAUCACCUCCAAGGAAAGCAAAGAACACAGUGUGUUCACCUGAAUCUCCUCCUUUUAUUAGAAGUCCUACCAGUCCGCGAAAUAAGGAAUGCAGUGACAUGGAUAUCGAUCCAUCAGAUUCUGAACGUAGUCCAUCCCGGCGGUCUGUAACGCCAUCACAUACGACACCAAGAGUAAUGAGACGAGCUCGGACUCCUAUCUCGUCCCCACAUACACCUCCCUUGCCACCAAAAGCAUAUGAGAAAUUAGCAUCUUCAAGGUUAGCAGAUAGUGAUAAUACAAGUUGUAGGCAGUCCCCCAGCGUAACUGAUAGACGGUUGAACACUCAUUCAAGAUGCACUUUAUCUCCAACGGAACGCUCACAUACAAGAUCGAAGCCAGUUAUGAUUGAUGACGAUGAUAGACGUGAACAUUGGCCUUCCCACUCCCAUGCCAGUUCACCGAGAACUAUGGGUCAUUCCCGUACUCCAAGUCAUCAUCCUAGUCGUAGAAGUGUUAGUCCAUCAUACCACAAGAGAAGAAAAUCUUCACAAAGGGAGAGAGAGAAAACCAGAUCUCAUCGGCGAGAGAAGGAUCGGGAUCGUAGUUCCCACAAGACAAGGAGUCGAAGGUCUAGAAGCAGAUCACCAAUAGCAAGGGUACGUUGGACGCCGUCACGGUCACGCAGCCGCAGUAUGCACCGACGACGGCGUCCUUCGAGGUCUCGAUCACGUACUCCACCUCGUUUGCGCCGCUGGAGUCGUUCACCAAGCUACCACACACGUAAUGUGCGUGGCUCUAAGAGGCCACGCUCACGCUCACCGAGGCCUAUGACGCCACCACGAAAAUCGUACAAGACCAGGAGUCCAAUGACGAAAAGCCCUAGGACUCCGAGAAGUCCUAUUUCUUCUUCUGGUGCAAGUGUGAAGGACCUGCGUGAUGCAAAAAUGAGUGAAACUAGCCUUUUUGCAGAACUUGUGAAAGACAAAAACACUCGUGAGUUAGCUAUGAAGAGACUUGCACAGUUAAAGGAAAAGACUGCUAAUAGGGACAGUGAAGUUGAAGAGAUAAUCAUCUUGGACAAAGAUGAAUCAAGCACUGAUACUGUAGAAAUAACUAAAUCUGUUUCCUCACAGAGCAACCAGACUGCACAGACUGCUCCAGUCAUUCAGUCUUCACAAACUUCUCAAGCGCAACAGAUGACACCGUCAACUCUCACAGUUGUGACAUCGCAAGUGUCUUUGCCACCACUGCCACAGCAGCAACAGCAGGUUCCUCAUCAAACACAAAUUCCUCCACAAGUCCAGAUUACUCAGCUGCCACUACCAGUGCACACUCAGCUGCCAAAUGUUCCUUAUGUCCCUGCAGCAUCACAGUUAGAUGUUAAUACUAUUCCUGUACCUUCAAGUGAUGCAGUAAAAAUAUCCCAGUUUCCACAGACUGACCCCAUUCGUAACACCCCUACUGGUACACAACAAUCUGGAAAUGCUAAUGUUGGUCAGGCAUUGCAGGAUGCUGGCACAGGGCUUGGUGGUAGUUUGGCAGUACUCCCUGCACAGAAAACUUCUGAUGCCAAUGUGCAGUCAGAGCAGCAGGCAGUGUGUCCUCCUUCAGAUACUGUAUCUCUUAAUGUGGCACCUUCUGGUUAUUUACCUCACCACGGGCAGGAGCUUGCUGUUGUGACAGCUUCACCAAGAAACUCGACUGUGUUGCAGAUUCCUACUCCUGCUGCCACUGCUCCUCCUUCAGUAAGUCAUGCCACAAGUCAGCUGCCACAGGAUCCUACCCAAGUUAUUAAGGACCAGAAAGUGUUGAAGUUAGUGAAUGAGGUACCAUUAGUGCAGACAAAGCCUGUCUCAUCUGACGUCAUUAGCUUGGCCAGCGGAACAGGGCAAGUAAGCAAACCUGUUAUGGCAGAUGUUGGUCAGACUCAACAAGCAAAACAUAAGGAUCUCACAAAACUUCCAAUGCCACCUGGUAUUAACCAAAGUGACUUUGAGAGUAUUGAUUCACCUCCAAGUAGAUCACCUACUCCAGAGCCAGUGAAACAGAAGGCACUUGGAAUAAAGGAUUUGCCAAUGCCACCAGUCGUUAUGGACUCUGAAGACCUUAGCCCAGAGGAAGAUGCACCAGCAACACCUCCACCACCCGUGAUGGUAGAAAAGGUGAAGCCAAGCAAAACAUUGCCGCGGCCCAAGCUGAAGCGUCCCAAAAUUUUGCACCGCCGCCGAGUGAAGACUGCCAACACGACCAUGUCAGCAACUGGUGGCAAAGAUUGGGGUGAAAGAUGUGUUGACGUAUUUGAAGUAAUGGCACAGAUUGGUGAAGGGACAUAUGGCCAGGUGUACAAGGCAAGAGACAGGAGAUCAGGUGACUUAGUUGCAUUAAAGAAAGUGCGACUUGAGAACGAGAAAGAAGGUUUUCCUAUCACAGCUGUCAGAGAAAUUAAAAUUUUACGUCAGCUCAAUCAUAAAAACAUAGUUAAUCUCAGAGAGAUUGUUACUGACAAACAAGAUGCCCUGGAUUUCAGGAAGGAUAAGGGAUCAUUCUACCUCGUUUUUGAGUAUAUGGACCAUGAUUUAAUGGGUCUUCUGGAGUCUGGUAUGGUUGACUUUAAUGAGGCCCAUAAUGCUUCCAUAAUGAAGCAACUACUCGAUGGUCUGAAUUACUGUCACAAGAAGAAUUUUCUACACAGAGAUAUAAAGUGUAGCAACAUUCUUAUGAAUAACAGGGGUGAAGUGAAGUUAGCAGACUUUGGUUUGGCAAGAUUGUAUAAUGCUGAUGAUCGGAAAAGGCCCUACACAAAUAAAGUUAUUACACUGUGGUACAGACCGCCAGAGUUACUUCUGGGUGAAGAGCGAUAUGGACCUGCAAUUGAUGUGUGGAGCUGUGGCUGUAUUCUUGGUGAACUCUUUGCAAAGAAACCCAUGUUUCAGGGGAAUGUGGAGCUGAUGCAGCUGGACAUUAUCUCUAGACUUUGUGGUACACCAACACCAGCUGUGUGGCCCUCUGUAAUAAAAUUACCAUUGUGGCAUACACUGAAGCCGAAAAAACCACACAUGCGGCGUUUGCGUGAAGAGUAUGAAAUGUUUAUGCCCGCAUCGGCCCUUGAUCUGCUAGAUAAGAUGCUUAGACUUGACCCUGAGAAGAGAAUCACAGCUGAAGAGGCUCUCAAAUCAACAUGGCUGAAGAAUGUGUGCCCUGAAAAAAUGCCAGUGCCUGAACUACCUACGUGGCAAGAUUGCCAUGAAUUGUGGAGCAAAAAGCGAAGACGACAGCUGCGUGAACAGCAAGAAUCUCUUCAGAAUUUGCCCCCUGGUAAACCUUCUACCUUGAAAGAAAAGACUUCGAGUAAUAAAUCUUUUGAGGAGAGCUUUGAAAUGGGAGGAUCUGCCAACUGUACCCCUUCGAAGCAGGCAAUGUCUGACAGUUCUUCAAAGGCGUUGAAGAAAGAAGCUGCCGUCUUUUCAUCACGUGGUGUAGAAGAUGCUUACAACCAGGCAGUGUUUUCUACAGCAAUGGCAAUGUCUGCUGCAGGGAAUACAUCUCCAUAUCUGCAGAAUGUCUCAGGGCCUAAUAGUCCCUUAGUUGGACGACCUAUACCUCGUCUUGGUGGUGGAAUUGGAGAAUCUUCAUUAACACCACCUCCAAAUUCAAAUAUGGCAGCACUUGGGUGUAUGUCAUCUAAUCACUCGGAAGGUUCUCAUACUCCUCAGGCAAUUGAUGACCACCCCAGUAUGGAAACAAUGUCCCUUCAAAAACAGCUGUCAGUGCUGUCACAUGCAUUGGUUAAUAAACUGCCAGUACAUGUUGGGCAGCUGUUGUCUCUCCAUGCAGAGAAAGAGUCUGAUCCACAGUCACAACAGCUAAUCCAGAAACUUCACAUGGAGCUGAGGGGAGCUGUUGGUGGUAAAUACAAUAGUCAAGCGUUCCAGAUCAGUUCUAUGAGGCUGGAUCCAAAACAGCUAAUAUUUAAUCCACCAGGUGGAAACUUGUGGUCAGUGGGUGGAAAGGCAGACGGCAGUUUCGAUGCACAUGCUGUUUAUGCUGGUGAUAACGCUGUUAGUAGUGGCAGUCGGAAUUGGGGUGGUGUGACACCCCUUGCUACUGAAGGUGUCCGCACUGCAUUAGCAACUUUGUUUAGUCGUCAUGGGUUGUCAGGUGCUGCUGGAAUACUCAUGAAAUCUAUGGCCAAGGACUCAGGUACAGUACCCCCUCAGUCUCGAACAUUUCAUCCAGGUUUUAGUGAGUCAGAACAGGGUCAUCCCAUCGCUACAACGUACAGUGCAGAUAUAAGUGGUGAUACAGGAAACCUUCAUACAGACAGUUUGCGAAAUGUGGGUUCAAAUGUUCCUGGGAGAGGUAGAAGUCGUGGAGGUAGGGGUAUGUAUCGUGGUGGUCCCAGAGGGUCAGUAAUUCGUAGCCCUCAAGACUCCCACACUCCUGUAUUUACAACGCCGCCGCCACCUUUACACAGGCCUCCUCUGCCCUGGGGUACAGGUCGAGGAGCACCUUUCCCAUGGAGAGGACCACAUCCAGGAAGAUAGUAUCGGAGAAAUUCCCGAGUGGUUCUUGGGGUAAAAGCUCGGACAUAUCAGGUUUUCUGUACUUGAAAUGUGUGGAAUUCACUGACAUAGAAGAUAUUACAUAGCUAUUUUUAUCAGAUGGUGAUGCUAAUGCUCAUUUUUCAUUAAUUCCUUGGUGCUAUCAGUAUUUUAUGUGGAGUCUCUGACUUCCCUUUUGUAUUGCAGGAAUGUGUGGUAUGUAGCACAUUGUCUGGUUAAGAUUUGCCAUAAUUCAGUUUCAUUAAUAUUAUUCUUACCCAUCACAGAAACGUAGAAUGGUAAUCAUACCCUGGAAACAAAGGCUGUGUUUGUUAGUGUACUAGUACAAAUAUGAUUUGUAGUUUUCAUCAGAUGUGUAAUGUCUCAUCUUCCAGUCACCAUUCAUAACACUGAAGGUGUGGCUUCAUAGAAUACAUUGGAAAGCUUAUUAAAACCCAGAACUUACAUUGUGAUAAACAGUGUCACAUCAUUGAAAUGUAUAUUUUGUGAUUAUUGUUCAAAUAUAACGAAUUGAUUCGUAGAGCAGUUGGCAUUGCUAAUAUUUUUGUUCCAUUUUGAUCAUCACUUGUGUCGCCGUGCCUUACUUUUUCUUUAUGAUUUUAAAUCAUGAAAGUGACUUGUUAUCACACUUGCCCUUCAGUUGCUCGAAGGCUAGCAUUACUCCUGAAUAUGAUAAGUGUACUUAGUUUCUGCUAUAUAACAUGCAUCUUUAUUUAUGGCCGAUGUUUGAUCUUUUAUUAUAAUUUCUUGUUUACAUUAAAUUGUCUCAGCUUUUCUUGGGUACAGGAAGUAGCAGUGAGUACUUCUUCCUCUGUCAUAUUUUUUAGUAGUCUGUUCAAAAAAAACAGAG